CGGCGACUUCCGGUGUUUUCCUGCAGGAUACGGUGAAUUUUCCCGCAUUUUCCUGCCGGUUCCUGCAGGAUCUGUUGUCCGGAAUCAUUGACCUGGGAUCAUAUCUUCUUUCGACGGAUAAUCAAGGUCUCAAUACAAAUGGAUCACAAUUUUUUAUGUAAGAAUAAAAAUUCAUUUAGAAAAAGGAAAUUCUUUGCUAUUUUUGGUACAACAUCUGAAGCAUCACAUCUUGAUGGUAAACAUGUCGUUUUUGGUCAUGUUAUAUCUGGUCAAUCGGUAGUCGAUACUAUUCAGAAUAUAUCAGUUGAUUCAAAUAGGCGACCAUUACAAGAUAUUGUUAUAGCUCAUUGUGGACAACUUAUUCUUGAUUCAAGUAAAAUUUGUUAA